UUAAAACCUUCUGCCCUAACUUUUUCAGUGGCUCCCUUCUCCAGAGCCGAUUUGAUUUUGUGAGUGCCCCUCCAAGCCACUCACCUCUCCCUCCACCUCUGUCUUUUUGAUACGUUGGCAUCUUCUUCGAGGCUGCACCUUCUAAUUUCUCCUGCCUGGAUACACGGUGUUGAAAAAUGUCAACACUUGGGGUGCUGCUAAUCCUGCUGAUCUCGUCUUCAAUUUCUGCAAAACCGCAACGUGGUGGACCGAGGUUUAAUGCAGAGAAGACCUACAAAUACAGUUAUACCAUGGAGGUACAAUUAGACAGAGGUAGAGGAACAGACAAAGACAGUGCUGGAUUUAAAAUUGCAUCCAACAUCAAUGUUGACUUGCUGUGGAGAAAUUCAAGCAACGAAGAAGACCAGCUUAUCAGAAUUACGAUAACUGACGUCAACUUUGAAAAUGUGAGUGAACGAACAGAUGACAAAAACAUCUUUAAAGAUUCCACAGGAGGAGGGAUCCUGGGAAAGACAAACCUGGCAGCUUUGAAGAGCCCAGUCCUCAUCCACUGGAUUAAUGGGAAGGUGAAGACCUUUUAUUCGUUUUCAAAUGAACCAGUCAUAAUCCAGAACAUCAAGAGAGGCCUCACCAGCCUGUUCCAAGUACAGCUCACAACAACCAGUCAGACUGAGGUUGACGUCUCUGGGAAGUGCAAGGUGAAUUACCAAGCCCAUGACAACAAGGUGACCAAAGUGAAAUUAUUGGACAGCUGCAAAGGUGUUCAGAGAGGAUUCACCAGUCACAGCAAGGUAUUAGGAGUCAAUACAACAUCAACAUCAGCUAGCAUUUAUCUACUGGAGAAGAAUCUCAUUCAUUCAGUACUGUCUGAGGAACAUAUCCUGGUUUCACUCAAUCUACGGCGAGAACUGGCAGCCAAAGUUUUAUCAAAACAGAGGUUGGAAUUUCAGUUGACAAAGACUGGACCGAAACAAAUCCAGGCAGAACAAAUUAGCAGUGUUGUUGAUUCUGUGAAUCCUGAAUAUGUGUCCAUCCCCUUGACCUCGGCAGCAGUCAAAGUAACAUGCAAACGUUGCCCUUCACUUACUGAAUAUUGGAAGACCAUACGGGAGGAACUAGAGCCUAAGAAUCUCGCAAAAGCCUCUGCCACCAGGAGUUUCCUAUUGCUGGUUCAAGCUUUGAGAAAAGCCAAGAAGGAAGAUAUCCUGAAAGUCCUGAGAAGUGAGAAGGACAGCACGCUUCCACAGCUAGUUGAUGCUGUGACUUCAGCUCAGACCUCAGCUUCAUUGGCAGCGAUGCUGGAGUUCUUAGAUUUUGGAAAUGACAGUAGCACCAUCUUACAGGAAAGGUUUCUGUAUGCUUGUGGCUUUGCUUCUCACCCCACUGAGGAAUUACUGAAAGCGUUAAUGGCUAAAUUUAAUGGAAUUAUCAAGAGCAAUGAUAUCCGAGAAACAGUCGUGAUUAUCAUCGGGGCACUCAUCAGGAAGUUCUGCCAGAAAGGACAGUGUGAACUGCCGGCUGUGAUCAAAGCGAAAGAAAUUAUCCUUAAUGGUGCAGAAUCAGCAAAAAAGGAAUCUGAUAUUGAGAUGUACAUCUUAUCUUUGAAGAAUUCUCUUCUCCCUGAUGCUAUUCCUAUUUUACUGAAGCACGCAGAGUCUGGAACUGGACCCAUCAGUAAUAUCGCUCUCUCGACUAUCCAGAAAUAUGAACGAGUAUACAUCACAGAGGAGGUGAGGAAGACAAUGAACAGGAUCUAUCAUCAGAACCGAAGGACACAUGAGAAGACUGUGCGGACAACUGCCGCUGACAUUAUCUUCAACAACAACCCGUCAUACAUGGAGGUUAAAAACAUUCUGCUCUCCAUUGGAGAGCUACCAACUGAAAUGAGCAAAUACCUGCUCUCGAAGAUUCAGGAUAUUCUGCGAUUUAAACUUCCUGGCAGUGAAAUGAUAUGGAAGGUUCUAAAAGAUACUGUCGUCCACAACUAUGACCGUUUCUCCAAGAUUGGCUCCUCAUCAGCCUACUCAGGAUACAUGAAACAGGGAACUGACUCAUCAUCUACCUAUAGUCUGGACAUUCUGUACUCGGGAUCCGGCAUCCUAAGAAAAAGCAACAUGAACAUCUUUAUUUUCAGCCAGGAGACAGAGCUGCAAGCUACCCAGGUUGUGAUUGAAGCCCAGGGUUUAGAGUCUCUUAUAGCCGCAAAGGCCGAUGAGGGCGAGGGCGACCUUGAGUCACUGGCUGGAAUGUCCGCAGUACUGUUUGAUGUCCAGCUUAAACCAGUUACCUUCUUCCGAGGCUACAGUGACUUAAUGGCCAAGAUGUUCACAGCGACGGGAGAGCCAAUGAAUGUGGUCAAAGGCCUUAUUUUGCUUGUUGAUCAUGCAAAGAGUUUUCAGCUGCAGUCCGGACUGAAAGCGAUAGUGGAAUUCCAAGGAGGAUUGGCCAUUGAUAUCUCCGGUGGGAUGGAUUUCAGCCUGUGGUACCAGGAAUCUAAAACCACUGUCACCAACAGGGGUGCAAUGGUUGUCGUUGGUAACAUCACAGUGGAUUCUUUGUUCAUUAAGAGUGGUGUUGAGGUGAGUGUGGAAACUGAGGCCCUACUCGAUUUCAUCUCCACUGUGAAGUUCUCUGAAUAUCCAUUCCUGGUCUGUAUGCAGAUGGUCAAAGACGAAUUUCCAUUCAGGCAAUAUGUGACCAAAUAUGAAAGCUUGCCAUCAGGAAAAUCGUAUGUAUCUCGGAAAGGAAGGAAAAUGCUGGUGGCUGGAUCGGAAUUCCCUCUCCACCACGAGAACUCUGCCAUGUGCAAGAAGAUCUUUGCGAAGGAGUCGGACUCAGAGGAGUGGUUCUGAGACCUGGGGAGGGGCUGUGAGGGCUGCUUUAGCACUGGCUAUGUGUGUAGGGAGGGGAUGAAGAAUUAAACUAAAUGAAACACUAGAGGGAGCUGACACCAAGCUCCUUAUUAACUAAUGGAGAAUGUGUCAGAAUUGUUAGAUAAUUUUAAAUAUGAAGGGAAGCCUUUGUGUCUUUCUGUUCCUACUUUUUAUGACGAUUUAAUGUUGGGAUGUCAUUUUGACCUAACCUGGUGAAAGCGAAAUUGACCACACCAUGUCUGAUAUUCAUUAUAUUCUUUCAUACAACACACCAAAGCCCCUCUUCCUUUGAAACUUCAGUAGGAUGUACAUUUGAACCAUACAGUGUCAGACCCCAGGUUUUAAACCAGUUUAAUUUCCUGUUGAAAUUUUUGGUUUGGUUAAAAUUAACUUUCUGGAUUCUUUCAGAGGGCCCUCACAGUCUGUUUGCCAGAAAAAGAUUCUCACUGCCAGAGCUCGGUGCUAAAUGUCCAUGCAGCCCCCAGUAUGUCCUUCUCCCCAACUGUCCAACCAAUACACACCAUUAAAGAGAGGACUGAGUCACCUUAUUCUGCACCUGUAUUAAUAUUUAGAAUUAUUUCUCAAAUACACUUCCCCUUUAAGGCUGUGUAUUAAUUUAAUGGCUCUGAGAUGUUUACAUUUUUACAUGUAUUUAAAGUUUUUUUAUGAAAGAGUGGGAAACAAAGAAAGAAAGAAACCACAACUAUAAGUCAAGACACAGCCAACAUAGAUGUCUUGGGAAUUGUGUGGCAGGUAGGUUGGGACACAUGGGAUAAGAAUACAGCGUUAAUAUUUAAACAUCAGUGGAGAGGCAGGUUUGUGAUUCUGAAGAACGUUGGUUUCAAAGAUCCUAGUCCACCCAUCGCUUGGCACAUGGAUAGGAAAUGAUGGGAACAGGUCUGUGAUUUCACACCCAGUAGUCUCAGUGAAUGCUAUCUUUCACCAGCAGGAUCCAAUGGGACAUAGGAAUUAGGAGCUAAAUUAGGCCAUUCAGCCCCUCAAGUCAAUUCUGCCAAUUGAUAAGAUUUAUUUGUGGCCUCAACUCCACUCUCACCCCUGCCCCCAACCUGGUGCCUUCAGCCUUUGGCUAUUCUGUUACGGUUGCCAAUUCUGAUUGAAUGGAUCCCCAAGGGAACUUUGUCAUAUUAUUUAAGUUGCAGUCCCCCUCCCCCACUACUCACCUUCCAUCAUUGGUCUGCUGACUCAUCCUUCCUCAUCACACCAGCAGCCAAUUGGAAAGCCACCAGUCUUUAAAUUCCCUGAUUGGAUGGUAAUUGGACUCUCAAUAUAUUUUCUGUCCCUAACUAAUAACAAAUGUAUUCAGCCUGGAGCAAAGGAGAAUUUUUUCUUAUAUGCUCCUGUAAUUUUCUUCCAAGGUUUUGUCCAGGAAAUUUAUCUUUAUUUCCUGGACAUAUCAGGGCAAUCCUGGAGAGUUGACAAUCUAAAGCUGUGAGUGGGAAUAUUAUUAUGGGCACAAACCCAGCCAGGAUUUGGAAAGGUUAGGCUCAGGUCUCAGCAUUCUGUGCUCCAUCAUUGACAAGCUGCAUCUUUUUGGAACGGAUGCUGGGAAGGGAGGCAAGUGAUCACAGUUUCAGGCCACUUCUGAAAAUGUUCCUGUCUUCCUCAUGUUGUGUGAGGACUAAGUAACACUUAUGAACAAUAUUGAGAUAUAAACUCUAAAGUAAAAUAAAAAUUCUGAAAUGACUUGGACCAAAGUUGGGAAACCAAAACUAUAUAUUUUUGACGAAAACUUUUUAUUUUGUCUCUUAAAACCCAACAAUGAAACACAACUCAAAAUUAAGACUUUCUCAAUGGGAGGACUGUAGCUAAAUGAGUAGACACUUGCAAUUGAUAGCGACAGGACAAAAAACUUUUUAAAAUUACAGGAUUAAAGUCAUAUCCAGAGAGCUUUCCAAAUAAAUCGCUUCUUAUGGACCUCAGUUUUGUACAUAAUCUAAUUGAAUGGCAGAACAGGCUCAAGGGGCUGAAUAAUCUCCUCCUGUUCUUUUAUAAAAAAAGUCACUGACUCGUUUGUUGAGAUUUUUUGUGUCUAUCCCUUCAGUUCUUCCAACAAAACCCCACAAGGUUAAAGUUAUCGAAACAUAUUGUCUUUGUGAAGUUUUUGGAUGUUUUGAGAAUUGGGAAUAAGAUUAAAGAGAGAAAAUCCUGGUGGAAUUGAAUUGGGAAGUGACGGGUGUAUUUCUUUCAAACCCAUUGCAUUUCCAUUUGCUGAAUAUCUGAACAGGACUGUUGGUAAAUGUUAGAUAAAUACAUCGAUCCUGAAACUGUAACGCUGUUUCCUGUUAGUUGAUCUUGGGAUGUGUCAAUCAAGGAUUCAGGGAUGACUUGGCGAGGAUGUGGAGUCUAUUCUCACUGUAACAGAAUGGCUGGGUUCAGGGACCCAAAGACAGGGGCAACAUGAGUGGUGAGUUACUGUGACCAAUCUCUCAGUAUCAGAGAAUUGUGUAGCACCAAACAGGCCAUUUGGCCUAACUGGUCCAUGCCAGUAAUCAACAUGAGCCUCCUCCCACUCUACUUCAUUUUGCUCCAUCAACACAUCCUACUAUUCCUUUCUUCCCCAUAUGUUUAUCCAAUUGCUCUUCAAAUUCAUCCAUGCUGUUCGCCUGGAGACACCCUGUGGUAAUAAGUCCCACAUUCUCACCAUACACUGGGUAAAAGUUUAUCUGUGAUGAUCUGAUGUUUAUGACCCUCUAGUUUUGUUCUUUCCCACAAAUGGGAACAUCAACUCAAUGUUUUCUCUAUUGAGAGAUGAGACCCAACCAUGUGAUUGGCACCAGUAUGCCUGGUCUAGUCAGUCAUAGUUUCCCUGGGAUUGGCAGCAGUGAAGCCUACUGAGGGAUUGGGUUAUCAUCAGGAAAAAUAUAAGGGUGUCCAAGGGACAUGGAAGAGCUGCAGUGUCUGUUCUUUCUAAGGGCAUCUAUAUUGUUCAUCUGACAGUCCAUAUGGACUGCUACUGUGCCUGAUGUCUCCAGCAAGGUUUCCACUGCAGGUACUUCUCCAGACUCCAAACGUGUCACUCCCAUCGACUUGGCCACUUGGACCUUGUAAACUUCAGCAGGGGUCUUUGGAUUAGCCCCACUCACUCCCCACCCUCAGAGGGAAAUUACUGAGAGUGAUGUCAGCAGUAUGUGCACACUCAAACUGGAUUAUUUUAGUGAGAACUGCUAAUACCAAGUAACAGCCAAAACACUUUGUACAAUAUAUCUUCAAGUCAAUUUGGUUGGAUUAAAAUACCACUGAGGUCAAUUUCCUACCAGAUACUUUGCAACCUUU